AAGGGACAUGUGUCUGAGGCUCUGUACCUUUUUAGUUCCCUAUAUCAUAGUUCCCUGUUUCCAGUGUCAGUAGAGAUGUGGAAUUUGCUAAGAUCCUCUUUGACUGCCUACCUCAUUUCCUUCUUCCUCCUCCUUCUCUGGCUGCCUUCCAGCUACUCAGGACAAUUCACAGUGAUAGGACCAGCUCACCCAAUCCGGGCCUUGGUAGGGGAUGAGAUUGAGUUGUCAUGCCGCCUUUCGCCUGCUAAGAAUGCUACAGGAAUGGAGGUGGGCUGGUAUCGGCCUCCCUUUUCUCGAGUGGUUCACCUCUACCGAAAUGGGAAGGAUCAAGAUGGAGAGCAGGCACCUGAGUACCGGGGGCGAACAACACUGGUGAAGGAGGCCAUAGGAGAAGGGAAGGUGGCCCUAAAGAUCCAGCAUGUGAGAUUCGCCGAUGAGGGAGGAUACACCUGCUUCUUCCGAGAUCACUCAUACCAAGAAGAAGCGGCAAUGGAGCUGAAGGUGGAAGAUCCAUUUUAUUGGAUUAACCCUGGAAUGCUGGUUCUGAUUGCUGUCCUGCCCAUUCUCAUCCUGCAGAUCACUGUCGGCCUUGGUUAUCUCUACAUGCAGUACAGACUUAGAGGCAAACUCCAAGCAGAGAUUGAGAAUCUCCACCGAACUUUUGAUCCCCAUUUCCUGAGAGUGCCCUGCUGGAAGAUAACACUUUUUGUGAUAGUGCCCGUUCUGGGACCCCUCGUUGCCAUGAUCAUCUGUUACAACUGGCUGCAUCGAAGACUGGCAGGACAAUUCCUCGAAGAACUAAAAUACCCCUUUUAAGGGAUGUUGGCCUCCCCUUGAAGCAACAGUGAAGAGGCUGACCAGCUUGAGGGCAAGUCACGAGUUGGUCUACAAGAGAGGUGUGCCCUUCAGCACUCUUCUCCCUCAAGAUUCCUCGCCCACUUGCUAAGGAGAGAAGGCAUUCAAGUUGACACUUACAGAGUCCUUUCUGGACCUCAGGUCCAAAACAGGAAAGAUUCUUUCUCCUUCUUUCUGUUCUCUAUUCUCCUAACUCCUCUUCUUUUGCUCUAUCCCUCUCUACCUUGUUUCUUUCUGUAGUUUCAUUUUUUUCAUUUGUAUCACUCCCCUUAUUUUCUUUGCCCUUCCUUCACUUAUUUUCCCCCUUCUCUGUCUUCUUCUUGACCCUCUUCUCCAACUUGAGUGCCACUUUGCAGUCCAUCUUUAACCCUCAAAGAUGGAUAGAUACUGUGAUCCACUCUUUGUUCCCCUAAAGGACACCAGCAUCAUGAGGGCAGAGAUAUCAUCACUGCUUCAAGGAGGAACCCAGGCCUCUCCCCUAAGUGGAAACUCAGGGCCUUUGGGAUCACACACAAAUUAAGGGCCCAAUGAAAUACAAAUGAACAUUCAUUUCUUUCUACAAAGAUGUACGGCCUGUAUGUAAUGGGGGCAAAGGGGAAGAAACCUCAGAGACCCAGAAAGUGAGACAGUUGCUGGGCUCUGAAGAGUGCAUAUGGGAGUUUCAUGUGGGAACCAGGAGGUCAUAUAGAUAGGGAAUGGUCUCAAGAACCCUAGACUGUAGGUAAGUUUCUGUGAUGGCAGCAGAUUAAAGAUAAAUUAGAGAACCUGGGGAUUAGAAGUGGCAGAGUUCUGUUUCUCUUCUAUACCUCCGCUUUCCCUAUGUAUCCUAUCCUCUAUCUAGUCUUUCUCCCUACCUCCUCAUCUUUCAUCCUUUUCUCUCUGUCCAUCUCCUAUUUAUUCAACCACUAUUUAUUGAAUGACUACCAUGUGUAAAAGAACUGUGCUGGGUGCUGAUUAAUAAUAAUACUAUCCCCUUUCACU